CUCCAGCAGCACUCGCCACCAGCAGAACCAUCUCCAGACGUCCAGAGCAGUACGAUAGUGUCGUCUCCUGUACAGAUUCCAUCCACGACGGAUACGACGCCUGCGGUGAACAACGUUGACGACAGAGCCCAGCUCAUCUCGAGAGCGCGUUCAUUCCUAAGAUCUCCUUCCAUACAACAACAAGAUAUAUUCUCAAAACGGAGGUUUCUCCUUGACAAGGGUCUCAAUGAGGUUGAGAUAGAAAGCUUGUUACGGGAGCUGCCACCUCAGCUUCCCAUAGUACCACCACGAACGUACCCACCUCCGCCACCAUCUAACCUUCCGAAUCUUCUUCUUGGAAUAUUCAGAAUAUUUUCUUGGCUGUUAGGUGGUUCUGCAGCGCUUGUGCUCAUAUAUUACCGCUUUCUUCUGCCACGGGUCACGCGUACCGCAACCGCUCGCCAUUCUCUUCGGGAACACCAUAGCACACUCCUCCGGAAUCUCACCACUUCGCUCGCCUCUCUCAAAGAAUCUCAAGCGGAGAAUUUGACCUUACUUCCGAAGCCUGACAAGUUCAGAGAGCCCUCUGGAUUCUCGGAUUGUCGCUCGCUGAAGGACAUUCUGCGUGAGUGUGAAGAGAAGAAGCUCGAGCCUUCCGACAUUCCACCUUUGACACUACUGCGAUGCGGCAUUCAGGAAUUUGGUGUCGGUAAGGAGCAAGCUGAGGCAAAUCCCACGACAGAGGAUCUCUUCAGGCUCAUGGAGAGCCACGUCCCUUGGCUUCUUACUGACGAAGGUGUCCAGUAUGAGCACAAGCUAUGGGAGACUCUGACCACUUUGACCGUAUUCAAGUCACUUCCCGAAAACACACAUCCGUCAGAUAAUGUUCGUUGGACAUUUGAUCCUCCGACUCCGCCUGUGCCGUCUCCGCUUCUCACAUCCCUAAACGACCUCUCUGCCGCUCUUCCACGCGACGCGAAAACCAAGACCACGGCAUUGCAGCAUACACUGCAGUCGCUGUCUGAUUUGACUGGGUAUAUUAGUGCUCAAGUGUAUGUUCCUUUCCGUCCUUAUUCGGCAAGUGGUCAGUCGAAUAGUGGCAAUACUCCACCAACGCCCGCGGAGGAACUGAAGCGCGAAAUAAGAGCAUUGAAAGGUCUUGUUUUGAAUAGGCGUUCCUUUAUGCCGCUCAUCCCGAGAGCUGGUAGUUCUUCAGCACUGUCACAAUCUGUUCCGUAGAAAUCAAUGUAUAAAAUACUAUGCUUGGCAUGCGAUAGCAUACAGUCAUGCUUAAAGCCAUGG